AUGUCGGAGGGAUGAUUGCUUCUUUCAUGUUAUAUAUGUGAGAUGUAGCUUUUUAAAUUCCUUAGCUUCUUUGAACUGUUUUAUUUGUAAUCGUUUAUUCUGGUUUUAGAGGUUGAGCUUUUUCCUUUUUCAAGCCUCCACAAGCCAUCUCUUUUGGGCUGUGAUGCAGGAAGGAAGGAAAUGAUUCAGAAAUAACAAUGGAAAUUUGUUCUAUACUCUAGAAGUUUUCGAGUAUUCUUCACUUAUUUCUAUUAAAGGGAUUAUAAAAGGACAGAAGGCAAUAUGUUUUCUGAAUUAUUUGACCUCAUUGUACCAGAACAUAUCAGUUUCAUAUGGGGUUACUGGGGCAUUGAGUUGCUAGUAUUGGCAAACUUUGUGUUCCAAGUAAUCCUAACUUUCAAUGGAAGUCGUAGAAGGCACACACCAGGAAAUAGGCUCAGCUUAAUUGUUUGGUUUUCCUACUUAUUAGCUGCUAAAAUUGCAACUGUUGUUCUGGGCAAGCUCACAACAAUUGAUAUAGGGCAUGAACAGCGCAAUACGCACACACAAGUCCAGGCGUUGUUGGCACCACUAAUGUUCAUGCAAAUAGGAAAUCCAGAUACAAUCACGGCCUACUCAAUUGAAGACAACCAACUUGGAGUGAGGCAAGUUUUCAGUAUGGUAAUCCAAGUGGGAAUUAUGUUUUACAUUCUAGUAAGGUCAUGGACAGAUUCCAAAACAUCGUUUCUUUACUUGCCGAUGUCUUUGGCUGGAAUAAUCAAGUAUGGUGAGACUUCAUGGGCUCUGAAAUCAGCACUUAAUGGCAACUUUGGCUUCACAAUUGCUGAUUUCUUCAAAUAUCACGAAGUAGCUGAUUUGUUUAACAAAUUGCCACAGGGAGAGAACGAACUUCCAGAGGCAAACUUGAUCUUGAGGGCCUACUAUAGAUUUUGCUGCCUAAAACCUCAUCUUGAAAAUUGGCUUUACUAUCCUCCAACUGAUUGUGAUCAAGGUAAACUACACAUUAAAGAAUGUGGGUAUGAAGAUGUGUUCAGAAUUACAGAUGUCGAAUUGGGUUUCAUGUAUGAUGCCCUCUACACUAAGGCACCUGUUGUAUACACUCGUAAGGGUUUGAUUCUUCGUUUAAUAAGUUUGCUUAGCGUAAUUGCCACACUAGUUGGAUUUUCUGUAUUGUUCAAGGAUGCAUUUGUGUACAAUAUUAGUAUUGGCUUCAUCCAUUUUGUGUUGAUAGCAGCUUUGAUAAUUGAGAUUUAUCAGAUCUUGAGACUACCAUUUACAGAUUGGGCUAUAGUACAGAUGGUAAGGCACCAUGAAGCUUUCCCAAUCCUUCGGGGUUUCUUGCGGUCUCUAUCCCCUCAGUCGGCAACUUGGAGAAGGUGGUCUAACACAAUGGGGCAGUUCAAUCUUUUAGAAUUCUGCUUGCAAACCAAGCAUCGGAACUACAGCAGAAUAAAAAUUCUCCGCUAUAUGGGAAUGGAUAUGAAACUCCGAAAGCAAUUGAGUUUGGAUCGAAUUGACGUCAGUCCAGAGGUGAAAGAAUUUGUGGUGACAGAACUGAGAGAGAUAGAGGCGAUCAAAGGAGAAGAAGAAUUUGAUCAGAGAGGCCAAUGGACAAUCAAUAGGUACAAAACUUUACUGAACCUCAACAACGAAAACAAAUUGAUUAAAGCAAUUGAAACAACUGUAUCAAAGAGACCCUUUGAUAAGUGCAUCUUCAUAUGGCACAUCACAACAAAUAUUUUCUAUAACAUCGAAGGUUAUCGUGAUACUAGUGUAGGAAAUAAAACGGAAGCUAUCAUGAGUCUAUCAGAUUAUAUGAUGUAUCUUGUGGUGACUCGUUCCCACGUGCUAUCAACAACAACUGCAGAUAUAAUAUUUGAUCAUUCAUGUGUGAAACUCGGGAAGUUCACAAGAACUGGACGUCUAAAGAAAGAGGACAUCUGCAAUGAUAUUCUGAAAUUAAAGAAAGAGAGCAUCCUUCAUGCAAGAGAGCCACAUGAACCAAUUGAAUCAGAAGCAGAAAAAGUAGUUGUAGGAAAUUGGCAUCUGAUGAAGGAUGUAAAAGAACUUGCAGACUGCUUAUUGGCACUGAGCAACGAGAACAAGUGGAAGCUAAUUGGCAGCAUGUGGUUUGAGAUGUUGGGAUAUGCUGCAAGUAAAUGUGAAAUGGAAUAUCAUUCAGAACACAUCAGACAAGGUGGUGAAUUGAUCACUCAUGUUUGGCUUUUGAUAGCCCAUAAUGUUACCAAAUACAGUUCAUAUGAAUACCAUGCGGGAGGUCAAGAUGAAGAGACUCCAGCUACUUCUUAGUUAGUUUUUCAACUUCUUUUUCCUUGAGAAAUGAAAUUUGAUUGCUUGUAAGGAAGUUUUAUGCAUUAUCAUUUUUUUGUGGUUCAUUGAUUGUUUUGUAAAAAACAUAAUAAUAAUGCAUGUGAAGUCAUCCUAUCGAUACUGCUACAUGGGAUUCCUUAAUUAUAAAAAUUACAAUUCAUGGGUUUCAUUCAAAUGGGGUCAAAGAUAACGUAAACAAUUCCUCAACUGACCUCAUCUUCAAUGGAGAAAAGUUCCCACCUCGUCCUUAGUCCACUUUCUGCACUCUUCUGAUCCAUGGACUUAGCCUCUCAAUCAUUCUAUGAAAUACUCUUAGAAAUCACUGAAGGGAGAUUUGGUGAAACCUCUCGAAAGAUCUUUAUAAGACGAUUUAUGGAAGAAACUCCACCUCACUUGUAUGCUCUUUGCUCUUUUGUAUAUCGCUUCUGGAAUGUUAUUUUGAAAGUGUUUUUCCGGUCUCUAGUUUAUAA